GUGUGUGUGUGUGUGUGUGAUUGUGUGUGUGUGUAGAGAGGGCAACAGACACCCAGACCUCCCUAGAAGAGGGGUUAGCAGACCCCAGGAGAGAGGAACUGGGCAGGCCCGCAGGUCAAGUGGCAGGCGCACCCACGGCCCUCAAGCGCUGCUGGGAUUGGAGUCCGGUCUCUGCCUCCCAGUGUAGGGCUCUUUGCACUGCCUUUCAGUGCAAUCCAUUCCCAUGUUUAACCACUGAACAAACGUUUUGCUGAGCACCUACUAUGUACCAGGCACAAGUCUAAAUGGGAGCCACAGGCAAUUUGGGACAGAACAGUGAGCUGUCUGAUGGGGGGGAGCACUGGGUUCUGGGGGAACCUGGGACAGGGGUCAGGGCUUGAGUCCCCUAAAUCUGGGGAGGCCAGGAUUAAUUCCUGAAGGAAGUAAGGCUUGAGCAGAGGCUGGAAGCAGAGGAGUGGGGGAGUGUUGAAGGCAGAGGAGACAGGUGACAUACAGGACGUGUUCUUGGACUUCACCUUGCUCUCAAGGUGUGGUCAGAGAAGGGUCAGCAGGAGCAGAUCCCUGUGGAUCUUGAGUCACGUUAAGGAGUUUGGGCUUUGUCCUAAAGCUGGUGUGCAGAAAUCGAAGGACUGCACGCAGCAAUAGCAAGAUUGCCUUGGUUGCAGUUUGGAGCAGACGGGAAGGUCUAGCCUGGAAACCUGCAGUACUCCAUGUGAGGAAUGAGAAGGGCCUGCACUAGACCUCAGCAGUGGAGUGGGAAAGGAGGCUGUGGCUGUCAGGGACGUCGAACAGAAUGGAGAGCUGUUGAGGAGCAACUGGAGAUGGUCACUGAGAGAGAGGGGGGCGUCUGGGGUGACUGUGGGUUAUAGAGAGAAAGCAAGUUAGAGGCAGAAACGAUACCUAGCUUUGGACAAGGUGGGUUUAUGGUGCUGUAGGAGGACAGCCCAGAGGAGAAGAGCAGAAGACAGCCGAGUGCUCGGCAGAGAGCUCCAUCCUGCGUGGAGCCUGAUAUUUUUGUACCGAGGGCGGGAUUAUUAACUACCAUUUACAGAUAAAGCUCAGAGAGAUCCAGCAGCUUGUCCAUAGUUACACGGCACUGGAGCAAGAACUUGGACUCAGAUGUGUGGAUUUCAAGUUCUGUGGUGUCCAUGACCCCCAAGUCUAGGGCUAAUUCCCCUGCCCCAGGAUGGCCCAGCUUCUGGGAGCGGAGCCGGGGAGGGAGGGGGAAACAGGUAUCUGAAUAUGUGUCUCUUCCCCAUGUGCCUUCUGCCUGAAAUUGCAUUUGCCCAGAACAUACAGGCAGGGGCAUCUCUAGGUGGCUUGGAGAUAUUGGGAGGCGAGAGAGAGAGAGAGACGUCUCUUGGUAACCACAAGCCCUCAACCGACACAGUCAGCACGGGACGUCAACAACCAUGAAGCUGGCUGUGAUGAGGCCCAGAGAGGCUGGUUCUGCUACCACAGCCACCUCAGGGGUUCAGGAACUGAGGCGCUGGGGAUCUCCCCCGCCCCCCACAUACACACACCUGACUGGCUGCUUCUGUCUUUGCAAUAUGUUCUGCACCAGAGCGAGCCUCAGUCCUAGGUGUGGCUGAAGGUUUCCACCAAUCAAAAAUGAAAUGAGCUGAGCAGGGCCACGAUGGCCCAGAAGUGAGGGGGUGUUCCAGUCCAACACUCUAGAGCGAAAGCUUGACUUAGCUCCCGUGAUCACAUCCUCAGAGAAGAGUGCCUUGGCUCCCUUCUAAAUCGGGCCUUCCCAUCUACUGCCUCCCAGGGUGGGUUGGUUGUUUGUUUUUGUGGGUUUGUUUUGGGUAUGUGUAUUUGUCUCCCCACUAGACAGUAAGCUUCCUAAGACCCAGACUGGGUCUGUUUUGUCUACUUGGCAUGUUUCCUACCUCCUGACUCAUAUUCGUCAAAUGAAUGAAAAGUGAAGGAAAUGCCCCUAAGAUCCAGCUCUGGGCCUCAAGGAAGGCUGGGCUCUGGUCUGUUUACUGAAUGUGCUCCAGCUGGCCGAAUGUCACUUUCAAUUCUGCAAGUGGUGGUGGUGGCGGAGGAGGCAGGGUACACUAACAGGUCCCCCCCACCCCCAGGAAACAGAUGGUGAGAAUGCUUAACACAUUGCUGCUUCCCUCAGCACCUCCUGUGCCCUCACCCUCCUGCACCCAGCCGCAGCCCCAGCUCCUUUUUUCCCAGGGCCGAAAUGAAAUCAGCCAGAUGGGCUCUGCUAGCCAAUUCUUCUUCCUUCUCACUCUGCUAGGAAUCUGGGGGGUGGGGGUGGGGGUGAAUGAAAAUUCUGUAUUAAGUGAAUUCUUUUCUCUCUUCUCUUCACAAACUUCCCUGUCUUCCUCCAUUCUCUUCAACUUGUACUCACACUUUCUUUUUUUUAAUACUCCAAAACCAUUUCUCAGGUUGUAGCUUAACUCACUGUACUUCAAUCCAAUAGCAACACAUUCCUACUGUGGGCCGGGCACUGGACCAGGUGGGGGGCACACAGGUGAACAGUGAACAAGACACGAACCCCGCCCUCGAGGAAUCACAGAUGAGUGGAAGAAACAGGCGUGCCAGUCCAAGUCACAGUCUCAGUGUGGAGAGAAGCUGGAGAACCAGGCCGGAGCUUGGCGAGUAGGUGGCUUUUAUGGCAGGCAGCCAGUGGGAUGGGGCUCAGGAGCCCUCCUUUCUGAAAAAGGGAAAGGCGUUCAGGUGGAGGAAAUGCGGAGGUAAAAGCACAGUUGGAAAAAGCUGUGCAUGUGUGAGCAAGGACCGUUGGGGGCAAACAUGGGAGAUACGCUGCAAAGGCAGAUGGGGGCUAUUCAUGGAGGUUCCUGAAUUUCAGGUGAAGAGGCUGAUCUGAAUCCAGUGGGCAGUAGGGAACCAUUGAAGGUUUAUGAGCUGUGGAGUAACAGCCUGGGAAGGUUAACAGGACUGAGGGCUGUGAGGAGAUGCCUGGUUAGGGGAGACAGAGGCAGGGAGACCCGUUAGAGCAGAGGGGUGGGAGGAGCCAAGUCCCCUGGGUGAUGGCUGGUGUCUCCUAACUGCCCUGCCGCCUGCGGUUGGUUUGCCUUCCCCACUUCUCUUUUUGUUUUCUGGUUUUCCCCAGUUUAAGCAAAGAAGGAAAUUCACAAACAUCAACGAGCAGCUCCCCCUUCCUGUUCCUCCUCUGCCAUGUCUUAGUAUCUGGAAUCCCUCUGUAGGGUUUGUGGCUGAGAGAUGUCUUUUUUGCUCCAUCCCUGUCUUCGGAUGCCUACCCUCUGGGUUCAGGGGGAAUGUUCCUGAGCAGUCGGUUGUCAGUAAAUCAUAGAAGUUGCCUGUCACCAAGGGACCUGCCAAAGGAGGGAGACCCUAGGGAACUACAAGACCCACACAAGUGAACAGCUAGAGAUCUGUUGAGGGUCAAAAUACUCUCCCAGCUCAGAGAGAGGGGAUCAGUGAGCCCUGUCUACCCCACACAGCUAGUAGGUGGAGAAGGUGGGUGGCCAAGGGUUUUGCUUUAGCCUCAUGCUCCAGACAUGGCGCUUGGAGAAGGAAGAGCUGGGACAUGGUCAUGGAACACGGUCUGAGUCUCCUGGAUUGGCAGUGGGGGAGCAGUCCACCCAGAGAACUCUGGGAUUUUCUCAGGGGGAGGGGGAGGAUGUGGAGUCUGGACCCCACUUUCCUCGCACCUCCAGGGCUCUGGACAGUAGUUUGUUGUCAACCUGACGUCCAUAGCACCCCCGAGGGCUCAGCGUUUCAGGGAAUUCCCAGGCCCUGCAGGAGACUCAGGAGGCUCCGGUGACCUCAUAGACCCCGUCUGGCCCUCCCCCGGGGGCGGGGCUCCAAGCGCCCGGGCUCAACCCCGGCCCCCGAGGGCCACUGAGUCCUGCACCUGCUUGGCCCCGGACGCGCCAUGGGACAACUGAUGGCCAAAUUGAUGGGCAUCUUCGGGAAACAGGAGCACAAGGUUAUCAUCGUGGGCCUGGACAACGCAGGAAAGUCCACGAUCCUCUACCAGUUCCUGAUGAAUGAGGUGGUCCAUACAUGUCCCACCAUCGGCAGCAACGUGGAGGAGGUUGUUCUGCGAAAGACCCACUUUCUCAUGUGGGACAUAGGGGGCCAAGAGGCUCUGCGCUCCACCUGGAACACAUACUUCUCCAACACGGAGUUCAUCGUCCUUGUGAUUGACAGCACGGACCGGGACCGGCUGCUGACCACUCGGGAGGAGCUGUAUAAGAUGCUGGCCCACGAGGCUCUGCGAGAUGCUUCUGUCCUGAUCUUUGCCAAUAAGCAGGAUCUGAAGGACUCCAUGACCACCGUGGAGAUCUCCCAAUUCCUCACCUUGAGUGCCAUCAAAGACCACCCAUGGCACAUACAGGGCUGCUGUGCCCUCACCGGGGAAGGGCUGCUUGCUGGGCUCCAGUGGAUGCAAUCUCGGGCCACUGCCAACUGAUGUCCCAGUCAGAGGCCAACCGGGAACUUCGGAGUUUAGCAUGGACUACUUGGGUGGAAAACCCAAGUGACUAUUUAUUACUUUUCUACGAUUCUCUGGUGGGAGCAGGGGCAGCUAUGGACAGGGAGAAGCCGCUGCCCACCUAACUCCCCACAGAGGAGCUGCUAGACUGUAUACUCUGAAUUGCCGCAGACAGGACAGCAGGUAAAGCUGCCCCUCACUCCACGGAAGCAGGCGUCCUUCUUGGAGACACAAGGAAACAUUGGGUGGAUUAGGGAGUGGAGCCUCUUCCCCUCAGUUCUGUAGGAAAAAUGGAGGGGCAGAGUAAGAGAGGCCUUUCU